AGAGUUGGUCCAAAGAUGUUGGACUAUGAAGGUAAAGAAGUUCCUGGUAACCGAGGUUAUAAAUAUUUUGGACGCGCAAAAGAUCUGCCUGGUGUAAGAGAACUAUUUGAGCAAGAAGCUCCUGCACCACAAAAACGUACAAGGUCUGACCUAUAUAGGAAUGUUGAUGCAGACUAUUAUGGGUACAGAGACGAAGAAGAUGGGUUGCUACUCGAAUAUGAACAAGAACAAGAGUAUAAAAUUAUAACAAAAGCAUCAGAAUUGCCCGAUCAAACGUUGCCUGAAGAUAAAUCAACGCAAAAGAAAAAAGAAGGUACUUCACAAUUAGAGAGCAGCGCAAUGGAUAUUGAUCAACUAUCGGAAAAGUUUGUUGCACAUGUAGCUGUGCCCUCCCAAAAAGAAGUGGAAGAAUAUCUAGUGCGAAGAAGAAAGCGCCAAAUCCUUGAUCGUUACGUGUCUGAUCAGUGUUGA